CUAAUACUAUAACAGCUACCAUUACUACUACUGGGUCCUACGACUAUACUAUAAAUUGCAGUUAUAUCUAUUAUUAUACACAUCACACGCCACCGAUAUAUCAAUCGCGAUAAUCGUGAUAAUUUGUAUAAUAUUAUCGUGCGGUGAUAUUGGAGAUAACACAACGAUUUUCGAGUGAAAAAUACCGUCGCCGCGUGUUCGGAAUGAUGUUAAAAAACACCGAGGCCGACCUGCGACCCGGCAAACAGCAGCAGCUAAUGUUGGGCGCGUUUGGCGGCCCGCAGAUGUUGGCCGACGCCCUGCACGCCGCCACGGCCGCCGACGACGACGACGACGAUGAUGAUUGCGGCGGUGGCGAUCGCAAGGGAGACAUGUACGCGGCGACCGCCAUGGCCAUGAAGGACUCGCCGGUGGCCGCCGGUCUGCAGGAUGGCAACGGGUUCUGGAUGGCGGCCGUGUCCGCGGCCGGGCCGCAGAUGGACCACCACGCGGCCGACUAUCAACCCGCCGCCGUGCCGGACUACAUGAUGCACCAUGUGCAGAUGGGAGGCGGUGGUGGCGGUAACGAGAACGUAUCACCGGUGGAUCCUCAACACCAGCAGCAACACCACCAAGUCGCUGCCGCCGCCGCAGCGGCCGCCGCCAUGUACCAGAUGCAGGCUGACCAGCAGAUCGGCGUCGGUGGCGGUGGGGUCGGCGCCGGCGGAGGCGGUGGACAGCAAGAAUAUCCUUGGAUGAAGGAGAAAAAGACCACAAGGAAGAACAACCAUCAAGGAGUUCGUAAAACUACGUGUUUAUUCGAUGAAAAACAAAACGGUUUGCCCAGGAGACUUCGUACCGCGUACACCAACACUCAACUUCUGGAGCUCGAGAAGGAAUUCCAUUUCAGCAAGUAUCUGUGUCGGCCCAGGAGAAUAGAAAUCGCAGCAUCUCUGGACCUUACCGAGAGACAGGUCAAAGUAUGGUUCCAGAACAGACGGAUGAAGCACAAGCGGCAGACCAUCAACAAACAGGGCGAGGACGGCGACGACAAGGACUCGCAGAGUUCGGGCACGACGACCGGCAAACAUGGCAAGUCGUCGGGUGGCGGCGGCGGUGGCGACAAACAGAUGGACGAUAAGAAGAGUUGUCAGAACUGCGACUUGCCACCCGGCAUAAUGAUGGAGCACGUGACCCGGAACAGCAGCGGGGCCGGAAGUAGUGCUGGUAGCGUCAGCUCGUUCGAUACGAAAAUGGAAGACGACUCGAGGUCCAACGAGGGCAUAUUGCACAUGGCUGUCAAGAGGGAGCCCUCGGGCAAACCGGAACAGCCGCAGACGAAUAAAAAAUCGGCGGCGGCGAUGUGCCCGAAAGACUCGAUGAGGCUGAUGCCGGAUAUAUCGCCAGAAGUCGGAAAGUCGUUGAAGGCAGGUGGCACGUCCGUGGGAAGUUUGACGCCAUCCACGCCGGACACGCCGUCCACCGCUCUCUCCAGUCCUCUGGGAACUGCGUCCGUCAUGUACCAACAGCAACAACAACUCGAUCACUCGGUUUCUACACCACCGACUCCGUCCAAUGGGGGUCCGGCGGCCAAGUCACCGUACUCGAGGGUCGCUGAUGCUUACAGACAACAGCAACAGCAACAGCAAUACAACAAGCAAAACAAUUUCGGCGGUACCGCCAAGGAUUGCUAUCUAACACAGUAUCCGCCAACCACUCAAAGCCGCUGGUACAUGUCGCCCGAAACUUCUUCUCCCCCGUCGUCGUCUUCGUCUUACAAGUCCAAGUCUGGAGCGGCCGUGGCCGUCCAGAGCCCCGGCAGGGUACAGCAACAGACCGGUCCGGGCCAUUGUCGUCAACAAUAUUUGCAAGGCGCGGGUUACGGUCCACAACAACAAUACUGUAACGGUUACAAUAAUAACGGUUAUCAGACGGGCAGCGGAAGUGACUCGUACCAGCAGACCGCAACCGUUCCGACAGCUGUCGGUUACCACCACCGUCAAGCAUACCAACAACAACAGACCGGCGUCAGUGGUUACGGGGGUAGCACCGCUGGUAGUGGAGGUGGAGGUAGCGGCGGUGAUGAUUACCACCACCACCAUUUAAGUUACGCCGGCACGUACCAAGCUACCAGCCAGGGAUACGCGACCAACGGCCAUCACAUGGGAGGCGGCGGUGGGGUUCAUCAUCAACAGCAACAUCUCCAGCAGCAACAGGACCACCACUCGGGUUCGCAGCUGUACAACAUGGACUACCACCACCAACCACACCAUCAGCAGCAGCAGCAGCAACAACUCCAACAGCAGCAGCAGCAACACCACCAGCCGCAACACCAUCAACAGCAACAGCAGCAGCAACUCAGGUACAACAAAUCAGCCGCGGCGGCUGCCGUGCAGGUGUCGGCUGGCCAGUAUUACGUAGAUCCUGUGGCAGGUGGCGGUGGUGGCACCGGCACCGCUGUAGCCGCCGUACCGGAACUGGAGGCUGCGUUCGCUGACCAGUUCCACGCGCACGGCUCUUCUGUAGCCAUGACACCACCGAACAGCGUCCGGGCAGCGACAGCCGCCGAUUCGUCCGGGGAUCACUUCAACAGUUUUCAUCACUUCUACAACGGCACAGGAGCAGUGACGACUGCGGGCCCGGUGGUCGGUGAACCGCACUGUCAACACCAGCAACCGUCGCUUCACCAGCAGCUCCAUCACCAACCAAACGCAGUCACCGCAGCCGUCGUCGCUCCCGUCACCGGCAGCGCUGCAGCCGCUGCAGCAGCGGCAGCCACCGCAGCCGUUAUGGCGCAUCACCCUCAACCGCCGCAUCACCACCAUCACCACGGCGGCGGCGUCCACGACAACAGCAACAGCUCGUCCGAUUUCAACUUUCUCAGCAACUUGGCCAACGAGUUCGUACCCGAAUACUAUCAGCUCAGCUGAGAUUCGCUCUACUAUUAACCUUUGGUCGCCGUUGUAAUUACGUUUAUGGUAUACCUGCCUCUACUCGUCUGUUUAGGUGUCCGUUUAAACUACAAUUUCGUUUUUCGGGGCCGAUACGGGUUUUUCCGGACCGCUAAUCGUUGUCGAAUGUUGAUCGAUUUUUUACACUGCUUGUGCGUUUAUUUGUUUUGUGUACGCUAAAUUUUGAUUUGGUUUUUUCGUCCCAACUGACUAUUUGUUCUUCGUCGACCGUCGAAUGAUUUUCCUUUUUUUUAAAUUUUAGUAUUCGAUCAAAAUUAUAAUUAGCACCGGGAUUAUUUCCAAGUCAUCAUCGCGUAUAUAUUGUACACAUCGAAACCAUCGUACAAUUUUCUACCUGAUACUCACACAAUUAAGUUAACAUUUAACGAUUUAAUUUGUUUUUAAACCAAAGUACAAUAUUAUUUUAAUACCAUCAAUGUUUGGCGGUUUUUGAAUUCAAUAGGUUCUAAGUGGAUGUCCACUUGGAAAUCUGUCUGCACACAUAUUAUUUUUUUUGUUUCUGUACAAAGCUCGGUCAUGUCCAAUGUGCUCAUUAAAAUAUUAUUGUUUUUAUGUUAAGUAUAUAUUUUUAUUCAACCGUUACGUUUCAUUUGUAUACCAAAUUAUUUUAAACGAAAAACAGAUGAUAUUAUCUUCGACGAUUUAUUAUUUAUUAUUUUUGUUGUUUUUUAUAUUUUUCUUUCUACCUACCGUUAAUUUUCUAGAUUAGAAAAAUUCGUUGUAAAUUAACAGUGAUGUAGAUGUUGCACUUUAAACCACGUGUCGCAUUGUAUUGCAACUUUGUACAUUACUUACACAUUAUAGAUGAAAUAUUGUAACUUUAUAAUAUACCUGAUAACUGUUUCCUUUUGGUCGUGUUAAAUAUUUCUUGUACAAAAUUAAUUAUUACUAAAUUAUAUUAUUAUACAUUAUUAGAAAUUGUUGUCUUAUAUAAAAUUAUUAUUAUUGUCGCGUUUUAUUUUAUGAUAUUAUUACUAUUAUUAUUAUUAUUAUUAUUAUUAUUAUUAUUUAGUUUCAAUUGCAUCGCUAAGAAAUAUGUUGAGAAGGGGAAUAAAUUAAUGCCUAAUGUUUAAUGUUUAUAUUAUUAUAUAGUAGAAAACACUCGUCUUAUUGUAAAGCCGCCAGGGACAAAAAAAAGAA